UCUACAGCUGCCUACAUCUACCCAACCCUCAGGGGUCUCUCCUCCUGUCACCUCUGUGCACGGAGCCAGAUUGGUUACCGCGUGGCUUUUAUCCAAGUGGACGCGCAUGAGAGUGGAGCGUUCGGAGAUUGCGAGCGCAGUCGCAGGUUAUCCAUCGUAGCGUAAGAGCUACUCUCCAGCCACUCCUCCGUGUCUGGGAUCUUUCCCCAAAGACGAGGGACUCAGCGUGGAUGUGAACUGUUGUUGUAUUCUCCGACUGAACACAUCUUGACCUGCUGUUUUAGGAUUUGGUCGACUUUUGAUCGUCUUGUGAAGGUGUUUGUUUCAGCGCACCACCGCGGAGUUUACAGUCGCACUGCCACUUCUUUUCAAUAGGAGCGUGCUGCAAGAGAGUCAUGACAGCUGAGAAAAGUGGGCCCGUUAUAAACGGUAAAUCAGAGGAUGGCAAAGACCCAGAAGGGUCCAGCUCCAGCCUCGACAAUGGGGAGUACAAUGAGAGGGGCCAGUGGAGCAACAAGAUUGAGUUUGUCCUGUCUGUGGCUGGAGAGAUCAUCGGGCUGGGCAACGUCUGGAGGUUCCCCUACCUCUGCUACAAGAACGGAGGAGGUGCUUUUUUCGUCCCAUACGUUAUCUUCUUUGUAUGCUGUGGUAUCCCCGUGUUUUUCCUGGAAACGGCCCUGGGUCAGUUCACGAGUGAAGGAGGAAUCACCUGCUGGAGGAAAGUCUGCCCACUGUUCGAGGGUAUUGGAUAUGCAACACAGGUGAUUGAAGCACAUCUAAACGUUUACUAUGUAGUGAUCCUAGCCUGGGCAAUCUUCUACCUCUUCAACUGCUUCACUACUGAGCUGCCGUGGGCUGGCUGUGGACACUACUGGAACACAGAGAACUGUGUGGACUAUUAUGGAGAAAAUGCAACCAACAUCACAAACCCCAAUGCCACUUCUCCAGUCAUUGAGUUCUGGGAACGCAGAGUACUGAAAAUAUCUGAUGGUAUAGAACACAUGGGGGGAUUGCGCUGGGAGUUGGCCAUGUGUCUGGCUCUGGCCUGGUUCAUCUGCUACUUCUGCAUCUGGAAGGGACCCAAGUCAACUGGCAAGGUGGUUUAUGUGACGGCCACCUUUCCUUAUGUGAUGCUGUUGGUCCUUUUGAUCAGAGGAGUCACACUCCCUGGAGCCUACGAUGGCAUCAAGUUCUACCUCUACCCAGACAUUUCACGUCUCUCAGACCCUCAGGUAUGGGUGGACGCAGGAACCCAGAUCUUCUUCUCCUAUGCAAUUUGCUUGGGUUGUCUCACUGCUUUGGGGAGUUACAACGCCUACAACAAUAACUGCUACAGGGACUGCAUCAUGCUGUGCUGCCUAAACAGUGGAACCAGCUUCGUGGCAGGUUUUGCCAUCUUCUCUGUGCUGGGCUUUAUGGCUUACGAACAGAAUGUUCCCAUCGAAGCUGUGGCAGAGUCUGGUCCUGGUCUUGCAUUUAUUGCAUACCCCAAGGCUGUGACUAUGAUGCCUUUGUCUCCACUGUGGGCUUGUCUCUUCUUCAUGAUGCUCAUCUUCCUGGGCCUGGACAGUCAGUUUGUGUGUGUGGAGAGUUUGGUGACGGCCGUGGUAGACAUGUAUCCAGAGACCUUCAGGAGAGGUUAUCGCAGAGAGCUGCUGAUUCUUGGCUUGUCUGUGGUCUCCUUCUUCAUAGGCCUCAUCAUGUGUACAGAGGGAGGAAUGUAUGUCUUCCAGCUCUUUGACUCCUACGCUGCCAGCGGGAUGUGUCUGCUGUUUGUGGCCAUAUUUGAGUCCAUAUGCAUUGGUUGGGUGUACGGAAGUGACAGAUUCUACAUGAACAUUGAGGACAUGAUUGGCUACAAACCUGUCUUCUUCAUCAAGUGGUGUUGGAUGAUCUUGACCCCGGGCAUCUGUGCUGGAAUUUUCCUGUUCUUCUUAAUUAAAUACAAACCACUGAAGUACAACAACGUGUACACCUACCCUGACUGGGGCUAUGGUAUCGGUUGGUUCAUGGCCAUGUCCUCCAUGGUCUGCAUUCCUCUGGGAAUCAUCUGGAAGAUCUGGAAGACUCCCGGCACCUUCUCUGAGAGAAUGAAAAAAUUGACAACCCCCAGUCGUGAUCUGAAAAUGAGGGGGAAACUGGCCACACUGAGCCCUUACGCUACAAAUGAUGCAAAACUUAAGGUUGAUGGGAAAAUCUCCACCAUCUCAGAGAAGGAGACGCAUUUCUAGCGGCUGGCCUGAGUUACCAAACAACGACAGAAGGAAAUCCCCACAAGCGCACGACAGGAAGUACCACCACAAAACAAAUGCCGGGAAGUGAGAAAAACCAUAAAAUAGUGUUGUUGUUUUGUUUUGUUUUGUUUUUUUUUUUGUUGUUGUUUUUUUAAAGGAAGAGUUACCACAUGAUGAUGUAGUCUGCUUCCGUUUUGCACAUCUUUUUAAAAUGACCCAAUUACCUUUAACAUUGUGACUAAAGCAGCAGUUUCUUUCAUUUAUUAACACACUAAAGAAAAACAGUUUGAUGACGUAAAGUUCAUGGUUAAAACUUUUUAGGGUUACACAGGUGUUCGUGCUGCUGCCACCUUGUUACUGUACGUUUGUUGUCACAGUGCUGUGCUUCUCUAUUACGUACCAAGUGUGUAAACCUCACAUGUAGCAGCUUGGGGACCAUUCUACAAAGUGAAGUAUGUGAAGGCAGGAGAAUUCAUACAGGAUUAUGCUGUGAGGGUGAGGCAGCAGAGGGCACUAUAACCUCCAGAAAGUCCAUUUCUCCAGUAUAUGAAUUGAUACAUCUCCAAAUUUAUCUGAGCCACCAGGGAAUGUGAGGGGUUUGUUGUUGUCCUUUUACUCUGUGUUUUUGCUAAGGCUGCUAAGACACAGACUGCUAAGACACAGACUGCUAAGACAGACUGCUAAGACACAGAGUGCUACGACAGACUGCUAUGACACACACUUCUAAGACACAGACGGCUAAGACACAGACUGCUAAGACAGACUGCUAAGACACAGACUGCUACGACAGACUGCUAUGACACAGACUGCUAAGACACAGACUGCUAAGACACAGACUGAUACUGAAUGAUAUCCAUUUACUUUUGUUCAUCACUUACAAUAUGAAAGGGUUGAAAAGGCUCAGCAGUGUUUCCAUGGUGCUGAACUUUUACAGCAUAGUCUGACAAAUAUAAAAUGACCAGGUUUUAAAAGAAUAAUUCCCUAUAAUUUCACAUAUGUGGCAUCGACAGACUCGCAGGCAGAGUCUCUAACACACCUACACUUCCUGCAGCUGCCCUCCUUUACUUUCUGUCUAACCCAGAAGCUGGUAGAUGAACGCUGAAUUGAACUUUUCAUUCCUUAUUUCUUUCUGCCUCAUCCUCAGAUGGAUCUGGACCUGUCCAUCAGAUUAGUGACCACUACGGCAGCGGACACACAUUUUGUCUCUGUCAUUCAUGUAACUGUGUUAGAAGUCAAUGAGCUGGCCUCACUGUUUCAAUCAAUCUCACUCCAGAACAGGCUCUCUCUGUCAGCACUGAAAUGACUUUGUGUUGCCCUCUCCUCCUUCCUUCCUGUCUUUGUCUGACUUUCCUGCUUCUGAUCUUUCCUGUUCGUUCUCCGUUUCCUGAUAAAAAUGCAAUCAGAGGAGAAAGGCUGAGGUGCUGAAACUUAAAAUCAUUCUCUUUACAGUUUCCCUUUUUCAGGAGAAGGCCAAGAAAGCAGGGGAAAUCAUUUGGGAUUGAUGAGCUGAGGAAGUCUGUGAUUGAGGAAGUAAUGAAGGGAAUGGAGGAAGUGUUAAAGAGCGAAGCCUCUCCUGUCUAAGCUGUGACAUCCAUCUAAACAUGUGAUUGGUCCCUGUGGUGUGAUUGCAUUGUGGCAUUAUCACCUCCUCACUGAUGUUUGUGGAA